AUGGUGCGCGAACAGCGACCUUCUUAUGAGCGGGAAAGAACGACAAUACAGCGGUUUGUCGCACAUGGGCCGCUUGGAUUGGAAGAUCUCCAGUACUCGACCUUGGACCAAGGUCCUAUGGUCUUUGCCAAUAAGUUUGCAGGGGCAAAUAUGCAGCGACAGGACUUCAUGGACUCAUAG